CAGGAACUGGCUGCCUGGACACGGAGAGCAGCGUGUCCGUCCUGUGGCAGCGGUGUGCAGGGGUCUGCGGGGCCGCCUGACGGUGCAGAGAAACCCAAUCUGCAGUUUGUCGGGUGUUGAAAGGAGGGGGAUCAGCCUGACACCAAGCUCUUUGUGGCAGGUGUCUGCUCGCUCUGUCCAUGAACGCCCCAUGUAGUAAGAUACUAUCGUGACAGGGGGGGUGGGAAGUACUGAGAUACUGGUUUCCACACUGCCCCUGCCCUCUUAUGAAGAUGCUUUGUUAGUGCUCAGCGGCUGCCUCUUGAAAUCUGAACCAUUACUUUGCUUUUUCUUUUUUAAUUGUAAGUUGAUCAUUAAUUUCACAUUGUAAAUCCAUUUCAUUUACAAAGUAUUUUGCUCAAGACUUCCUUUAUUGUACUUACCUAACUGGUCUCCUGUGUGUACAGCAAUUUUGUUGAUGGGGAUUUAUCUCCCAGGCGUUUAGGAUGUGUUACCUGGCCCCAGACAGUUUCAAAAAAGGAUUAAACAUCUCCAGGCAAAAUUUUCUAGAAUUAUUUUUAAGUAUUGCAAAUGGAAAGCUUAGGGAUAGAUGUAAUUCUUCCAGUUUUGUAUCCAAGUUGUUAUCUUGAUAAUGGAAGUUGAAACAUCCAGCAAUGGUGGCAUGAGAAGGAGGAAAGAAAAUUAUUUUACUUUCUAGUCUCUUUUUUUGUGGGGGAGAAACGGCUUUUUCUUCUAAGAGUCAUCAAAUCCAAUUUCUUUUUCCAGCAAAGCCAGACUUUGGUGUGACAUGGUGGAAACUUGCCAGUUUCUGGUGUCUUGCUGUAGGAUAAAAGAGCUUUCAGACACAAGCCCUGAUUCUGUAAUUGAAUCUCCUUGGGAAGAGCUCCAGGGAAUUGUUGCUGAGAUCAGUGAGGCUUUGCAUGGAAACAGAGAUCUGGGCAGAUCUGAUUGCCACAUCUUCAUCUAGAAUCCUUAACCUCUUCUGAUUUGCAUGUUAAAUCAGCCAGUGCUUCCAAAUUUCUGGCUGUUGAUUUAUGAGUAUUUGUAAAUUAUGAUAACUGAGUGAGCACCGUGAUCUGGGAGACUUGUUUAAUGGUGACUCCUUCUCACUGCUGCUUAAUUGAAAUGUUUUUAUGUUGAUGUUCCACUGGUGAUGUAGAGAGCAAGGAGACCAUCAGCUGGACGGUAAAGAAAUCUUGUACAAUUUCUAAGCAAAGGCUGCCAGCCUGCCUUUGAAGAAUACUUAACAGAGAACUAAGUUUUCCGAAUUAUUUGCUGGCAUGGGAAUCUACAACUUUCAUGUGUGCAAGAAAAAUGCUAGCUUGGCACCUCUGGAGCUCACUGUAUGAUGCCAGGGAAGGCUAAGGUAGCCAGCAUCUAUGAAUCGCCUGGCUUCUUUCUAGGGUUGGAUCCAGUUCCAGGAGCCCUUGAAGCCAUGCAGGAGAUGAUCCACAUGCAGGACACCGAAGUCUUUAUUUGCACAAGUCCUCUCCGGAAAUAUGAGCACUGCAUCGUGGAAAAGUAUAAGUGGGUUGAAAAACAUUUGGGACCAGAGUUUGUGGAGCGGAUUAUCCUAACCCGAGAUAAGACUGUCGUAUCUGCUGACUUGCUGUUUGACGACAAGGAUACCAUUAGAGGUGCAGAGCUGAACCCCAGCUGGGAGCACGUCCUGUUUACCUGCUGCCACAACAGGCACGUCCAGCUGCAGGCACCGCGCCGGCGGCUGCUCUCCUGGGCGGAUGACUGGAAGGCCAUCUUGGAGAGCAAGCGCAGGCAGUGACACAAAAAGGAGACGCUUUGCUCUUCCCACUGCUGGGGGAACCAGCUCAUCUAGCAGAGGGACCCGUUCCCAGAAGGCCACGAGCACGGCCACCCGGGCAGGGGCACUACGGGGGGUCAGUUGUACUAAGAAAUGAGCUGCCCCUGUUAGAUGUGCUGCAGAGCUGACUCCUCUCCAGGUUUCUGGAAGAUUGCUCUGCAUUCGGUUAAUCUGCAUAGAGUUUUGGAUGCUUGGUGUUGGUGAAGAGAAACUAUAAAAUUCAAGCAGUUGUGGGG